CUGGCGGCAGUGGUGGGCUUCCUCAUCGUCUUCACCGUGGUGGGCAACGUGCUGGUGGUGAUCGCCGUGCUGACCAGCCGGGCGCUGCGUGCGCCGCAGAACCUCUUCCUGGUGUCGCUGGCCUCGGCCGACAUCCUGGUGGCCACGCUGGUCAUGCCCUUCUCGCUGGCCAACGAGCUCAUGGCCUACUGGUACUUCGGGCAGGUGUGGUGUGGCGUGUACCUAGCGCUCGACGUGCUCUUCUGCACCUCGUCCAUCGUGCAUCUGUGCGCCAUCAGCCUGGACCGCUACUGGUCUGUGACGCAAGCCGUCGAGUACAACCUGAAGCGCACACCGCGCCGCGUCAAGGCGACCAUCGUGGCCGUGUGGCUCAUCUCGGCUGUCAUCUCCUUCCCACCGCUCGUCUCGCUCUACCGCCAGCCCGACAGUGCUGCCUACCCGCAGUGCGGCCUCAACGACGAGACGUGGUACAUCCUGUCCUCCUGCAUCGGCUCCUUCUUCGCGCCCUGUCUCAUCAUGGGCCUGGUCUACGCGCGCAUCUACCGCGUGGCCAAGCUGCGUACGCGCACGCUCAGCGAGAAGCGCGCGCCCGCGGGCCCCGACGGUGCGUCCCCAACCACAGAGAACGGGCUGGGUGCGGCAGCGGGCGCGGGCGAGAACGGGCACUGCGCGCCCCCGCGCCGCCCGUCCCCGGGUCCCGGCGGCCGCCUGUCGCGCGCCAGCUCGCGCUCCGUCGAGUUCUUUUUGUCGCGCCGCCGCCGGGCGCGCAGCAGCGUGUGCCGCCGCAAGGUGGCCCAGGCGCGCGAGAAGCGCUUCACCUUCGUGCUGGCGGUGGUCAUGGGCGUGUUCGUGCUCUGCUGGUUCCCCUUCUUCUUCAGCUACAGCCUGUACGGCAUCUGCCGCGAGGCCUGCCAGGUGCCCGACCCGCUCUUCAAGUUCUUUUUCUGGAUCGGCUACUGCAACAGCUCGCUCAACCCGGUCAUCUACACCGUCUUUAACCAGGACUUCCGGCGUUCCUUUAAGCACAUCCUCUUCCGACGGAGGAGAAGGGGCUUCAGGCAGUGAGCUGAACGCCCGGCCCCGCGCAGACCCUGGACAGCUCCAGGCGGCGACGUGGGAAGGCUUGGGCCCCCCCCCCUCCCCGGGAGAAAGCGGGGGCAGCUUCCCCAGAGACCCAGGGAUGGCUUGGCCUCCAGGGCGGAGGGGAGGGUACGGCAGGGCAGGAGUGUGGGCUGAGAGACAGCAGGGCCCCCGGGGAGGGGGGGAGGAGAGAGGGGCGACCCCUCUGCCUUCCCAUCUCAGCAAAGGGCUGCUUCUGGGCCUUCGGGCCCGGAUCCGGCUCUGGGGAUCCCUGCAGAGGUGCGGCUGUGAGGUCAGGGUCUUAGACAGCAGAAGUGAAAGCAACCUCCCAAACAGGCGAGAAAGGAGCCCCCCCAACACCCACCACUACCCAGAUCCACCUCUGAGCAAGGGCUGACUUCCCCAGGACCUAGUGGGGGCGACUGUCUUGGGGGAGGAAAGAGGCACUGACAAUCUUUGGUUAUUGAAAGUAUUUAAAUGUUUGCCAAAAAUGACAGCCAAAACAACCAAACUAUUUUCUAAAUAAACCUUUGUAAUCUAAA